GCGCGAUUGUUUCAUGGUCAAGUUUGAGUUCUGAUCGAAAUAAAGCUAAAGUGGAAGUGAAUUAAAAUAAAGUUUUUACGGAGUAGAGAAGUAAAGUUAGUUGCAUGUGCCGUUCUAUAUUAGAAAAUGCAACUAUUUCCAUAAGAAGUUAAUCAAUUGUGAAUUGUGAAGGAAAGGAAUAAAAGUAAACGAAAGAAAAGUUGCUAAAUAGAAAAUAAUCGAAGAUCGAAUCAAAAUAGAGAAAAGAAGCCCGAAGAGAAACAUACAGCACAGUGUAGAUUUGGAUCUAACAAAACUUAAAACAAAUUAAGCAUCAUAAAAAAUGUGUCCAAAAAUAAGGCUGAUUACAAUUUUAGGAAUAAUUUUGCUUAUUAAUUCGUUAACUACCUCAGUACACGCAAGACGAAAAUCACGACAAGAGGCAAUCGACAGUCCGAUUGAAAAUGCUGCAGAUGCGCCAUUGGAAGAUAAUCUUGCAACAGCUUCUGGUUCUGAUUUAACUCAGAGCGAGGAAAUUGUGGAAGUACCGAACGAAGCACGCAAAACGGAAGCCUCAGUUGUUGAUGAGUCAACGAGCUCAUCAAACAUUGAAUGCAGUCCAGAUAACAUCAGUUUUGAACUUGUGACUGGUUAUAUGUUCUCAGCAUCAAAUGAAUUGCUUGAUUCCGUACCCGGUACUUUAAUGCUCAACGACUGCUUAGAACAAUGUCAAGCAAAUGAUUCGUGUAGUGCGGUUAAUUAUGAAACUGGAUUAUGUGUGCUAUUCUCAUCAAAUGCCGAUAAAUUACCUGGUGCAUUAACAAAGUCACAGUUUCCGGUAUUUACAAUUUAUGCUCAAAAGACGAAAUGCUUAAAGCAGAAGCCAUGUGAUCGUCCAUGGUGCAUUGAUAGGGUUCAAGGUUAUGCAUUAAGAAAUCACGUCAAACGAUCAUCUACAGCAUUGUCACGUCAAGAUUGCUACGAAAUGUGCUUCAGAGAGACUGAAUUUUACUGUCGAUCGGCAAAUUGGUACCCAAAAACGAAUGUUUGUGAGCUUUCGGAAAUGGAUCGUAUAACAUUAAGUGGAUUGUCAUCUGCAUUUAAGGCACAAGAAGAUGCAGAAUAUCUUGAAAGUAACUGUAUUGAAGAGCCGACAAAAUUAUGCGAAUUUAAGCAUUUGAGUGGAAAGAUCUUGAAGACUGUUGAUGCUGUGUACCAAGAUGUCAAUACAAUUGAAGAAUGCCGCGAACUGUGUCUCAAUUCGCCAUUCAAAUGUCGAUCAUAUGAUUUUAAUGACACUGGUGAAAUGGUUUGUCGAUUAAGUCAUCACAAUCGCGUGACACUUGCUGAUAUUCAAGAUCCAUAUUUGGAGGUGCCUGAAGCAACAACACAUGAGCUAGCUGGAUGUUAUAAUGUAUCAAUUGAAUGUCAUGCUUCCGAUAUGGUAGCCAAAAUUCGUACAUCAAAAUUAUUCGAUGGCAAGGUAUACGCUAAAGGCUCACCAAAUUCAUGUUCUGUCGACGUCAAAAACUCAUUGGAAUUUGAAUUGAGAAUGGGCUAUCAAGAUCUUGAAUGUAAUGUUCGUCAGAAUGGAAAUGGACGGUACUUGAAUGAUGUCGUUAUUCAGCAUCAUGAUAUGAUUGUUACUUCAUCGGAUUUGGGCUUAGCAUUAACAUGUCAGUACGAUUUAACCAAUAAGACUGUAUCGAAUCAAGCUGAUUUGGACAUUAAUGGUGAAAUUGAGCCUGCCUUAUCUGAAGAAGUCAUUGUUGAAUCACCAAAUGUCAUAAUGAAAAUUACAACACGUGAUGGAAGUGAUUUGAGAGCUAUUGCUGAAGUUGGAGAUCCGUUGGCACUUAAAUUUGAAAUUAUGGAUAAGGAUAGUCCAUUUGAGAUAUUCGUGAGAGAAUUAGUUGCUAUGGAUGGUGUAGAUAGUGGAGAAAUUGUCUUGAUUGACUCACGCGGAUGUCCAACUGAUCAAUUCAUUUUAGGGCCAGUCUUGAAGAUGCCACAAAGUCAAAAGAUUCUCAUCUCACAUUUCGAUGCAUUCAAAUUCCCCUCAUCACCAACUGUACAAUUUAGAGCACUCGUGACGCCGUGUAUGCCAAGUUGCGAACCCAUUCAAUGUGAUGAUGAAAUGAAUGGUGGCGGUGAAUUGAGAUCAAUCCUAUCAUAUGGCAGAAAACGAAGAUCUGUUAACAGUACAAACGAAUUAAACUUAAGACGAAAUAGACGUAAAGUCGAUGAAAAGACAAAUAUGCAUGAAGACUUGCUUUUGGUACAAACAAUUCAGAUUAAUGAUAAAUUUGGAUUUGCCAACAAGCAAACACAAACGAAGCCAACAUUGGCAACGACUGAUAGUAAUAAUAGCGAAACUGUAUUCUAUGUACCAUCAUCUGAGCAGGCAUUCUGUGUCAACGGCAUAGGUCUUAUUGUAACUGGAACAGUCUUCUUAUUAGCACAGCUUGUAGUUAUUGCUCUAUGGAUGCAUCAAAGAGAUACAUCCAAAUUAAGGCCAUCGAUGUCAAGCACUACUAGCUCAAUAUAUGAUAGAAAUUAUGCAGCUUUCCGAUAAAUCGAAUAUGAUUGAUACGUAGACGAUCAUCAUCAAUAUCUAUAUAGUUUUAUAAGGAACGCUGAUCAUCAAUCUCGUGCAAGUUGAUUAGAUUAAUUAUUUAUUAAUUUAUGCUGCCUAUUUUGUUUAACUCUCAACAAUUCUUUUCGCCAUUGAAAAUUAUUGGACUUCUCAGCGCGCAUUUUUUUAUAGUUAUAUUAAUAGCCAUAAAACUUUAUAUUGUAUACUUUACUUAAUCCCCAAAUUUAGUUGCAUGUCAUCGCACUUUGCUGAUUGUGAGGUGAUGUCAUCAUAAAAAUAAAUAAAUGAGAAUAGCUUUAUUUGGGGAUUGAGCGUUUAAGUCUUUAAUAAAAUAAUUUAAGAAAAUAAAAAUCUUUCGAUAUAAAAAAAAUUGAAAUAAAUGAGAAACUUUUCUUUAA